AAAAAUAAAUAAAAACCCUGUAUUUCUCUGGUGAAAAAGGUAUAUAACCCCUUAAUAUGCGUAAUUGAGUUAAGAGCCUUCAUAGUAGUGUAAACUGUAUUAAACUGCUUUUCUUCAGCUAGUUUGUCCUGUCUAUGAAAUAGCUCAGCUCAUGAAUCUUCUUGCUUGAUUAUCGGAUUGGACUACAAAUUACCCCUUUUUUUUUUUAUUUGGCAAUUGCCAAAAGCACAAUUACUAUACAAAAUAAAAUAAAAACCAAAUCUGAUUGUUGGGGUAUGUAACUAGAGUAUACUUUGAUUUUAAACUUCAAAAAUGCAAGAUAAAACCUUUGAAAAAGCAAAGGACAAAAGGAAUGAAUACAUCUGAUCAUCGGAUCAAAAUCUGGCAUCGUAACUUUCGUAUUAAGCAAUCUUAAAUUCAUCAGCUCUGAAUCGUAAUAAUCCACAAUAUUUGAAACGUAGGCCAAAACAAGAUAAGCAUAUUCGCUUAGACAUCUAAAAGUCGAAGUAAACAAAAAAAGGAGAGUCCAAUACUAAACAAACACACUUUUUUAAACAAUGAGAACCUAAAGAGGAAAUUACAAUCAGCAGGCCAGUCGACGACAGUUUCCAAUCAGACUCCCUCUGUCACUUUAUAUUCCUCUUCAACUAAUUGAAAAAAACCGGUACUAUACUAUUUUAGUGCAAAAAUGACUUUACCAAACUCCGGAUGUGAGCAGCGCAGCGAGGCAGACAAUGUCUACGGUUGGAUCACUGAUCUCUGCGAUAAGGAAAAGCGUCUAAUGGCCAUGUUGGAGCUCUGCGAAAGACGAAGCCAAAUCGAGAGCCUGGGUCCCUUACUGUGGCAUUCCUUUGGAGCUGUGAGUGGUCUGCUGCAAGAGGUUGUGUCUGUCUAUCCGGCUGCUCUGGCUAACGAGUUAAGCGGACAGCAGUCGCAGCGGGUCUGCGCUGCCAUCGGACUCUUUCAGGCCAUGGCUUCACAUCCCGCUAUUGGCAUUCAGCUGAUGCGCUCUCAAUUCAUGUGGUUUUUAAUGCCUUUGCUUAAAAUGACCCCAAAAACUCGGGCCAUCGAGCAUGUUCGCCUAUCCGUGUUGGGUGUAGUCUGCGGUCUUCUGAAAUCAGAUCAUCCGGAAAUAGUGAGCUACUUUCUGGGAAUUGAACUAAUCCCACUCAUCUUAAGGCAGCUGGAGUUGGGUUCCAGUAUGAGUAAGGUGCUCUGUGCAUUUGUCCUAUGCCGCAUUUUAGAGCACGAAGUGGGCCUCAAGUUUGCCAGCCGUAGGUUGGCCCGUAGACUGCAUUUAAUCCACACUUUGGCCAGAGUUGUUCACCAACUGACGCUGGAACCGGAGCCUAGGAUUCUCAAGCAUGUUGUGCGGGUUUACUCCCGGCUAGCUGAUCAUCCCCAGAACCUCGAGUUGAUUGUUAAGCACAUGCCGGCUCAACUUCGGAACGGCUAUUUCUGCCAGGAAAAUAAGCCGGGCUAUGAAAGCGCCUCAAUUGAGUUUGCGGAGCUCAACCGAAAGCUGUUCAGCAAUGAUGGAGAGAAAGCUCAAGGUUUCGAGAAAUAGAGUACUGUUGGAAAGCAAUUAAUGCUGCAAUUUACUACUUGACAAAUUUGACGCCCACAAGUGUCCUAAAAAUAUAUGUGCAUAACCAGUUAUCCAGACUCUUUACGAUGUGCCAAAAGUUGAACAUGUGAAUUCCGUAACUUUCCCCCUUUUUUUUGGUUGGUUGGUUUGCCUUAAGCAAUAAACAGCUCGUAAAUAUUUUGAUACCAAUUUUCCAGCGUAAUUGACUCAACGGUACUUUGAAUGUCAAACAAUAAAUUCAAUUACCAAACCAUAGCCCCAAAAAUACCGUCUCCAAUGUACACACACGCAGCCGAAUCGCUUUUGACAUGGAUAGGCCGAAAACCCUUCGAAGAAACCAAAGGUUGCAGAAAAAGGUUGAGGGCUAAGGCAAGCGGAAAAUCAACGGGUAAUCGAUUUGCAUUAAAAUAACAGUAAAAAAAAGGAGUUAAACCAAAAAGCUCGAUAUAACUCUUUAGCCCUUCACAUCCUCAGAUAAACGUUGGUCGAUCCACAGCAUAUAUGAAAUUCAAGUAGAGUAAAAAAAUCAAAUAAAAACAUAUUCUUAUUGUAAAACUUUAUACUUUAUCAGUCUGAAAAAAAUAUUACCAUUUAGAAAAACAAUAUCCUUGGCUUUUUGAAUGCCUCGUUAAGGAGUCACAAAUUUAAGUCCAUUAUAGUUUUAUCUAAAACUUAUUUUUAAUCAAGAGCAAAAGCAGGUGCGGAAAAACAGUCAGAAAAAAACAAGCGCUAACAGCCGAACUAAAUCAAUUUAAAUUUUCAUCUCGUAAAUGUAAAUGCUUAAAAAAAGGGGGAAAACACGGAAUGGGUGAGAAAUUCAGUGAAGCAACCGCAAUCUUUUCCAAAUUGUUUAGAGGGUUGCUACUCUUUUCCGCGCAGCUCCACCAUAAGUAAAUAUCUGCCUCGCACUCACACGCACAUGCGAAAAAAAAAUAAUAAAAUAAGGUGAAAGAAAAGUAAGGCUUAUUAUGCCCCCGGGUAAAAUAUAAACGGAAUGUAGAGGAGCGGAAAGCGGGAGCCAAAGGUGCAGCGAAAGACAAGAAGCGGGUUGGCAGGCGAGACACGUUCUAAUAGAUUUUUCCAGCCUCUCGCCUUUGACGCUUGGCAGGCCGUACAAGUUACACAUGUUGCUGUUGUUUGGCUUCCUGUCACACAGAUGGAAAGAUCCAAUCCCCAACAUAUAAGUAUGCACUGGCAACAAAGUGUAGACUUAAUUUUUUAAACUUAUGAGACCGUCAGUUUACUUUAUAUUUAAUAAGAAGAAAAGCAUCGACCUUUGAUGGUAAAACUACAAAUAUUCUAAUAAUCCGAUAAAAAAUUUUGUUUAAUUCUGGGUCCGAUGCUGACAAUGUCAAUUGUGUGUUCUGUAUAGUUCCUUUUAAAUUAAAUUAAAUUUGUUAAAUAUAAAUAUUUAUUUCUGAUAGUGGCGUCCGACCCGGGCUGAGCCGGAAAUUAAAAUAAAUUACCCACUGCAAGGGUAUGAUGAACACCAAUAAAUAUUAGCAAAUUUUUGUAUGUGCUGAAAUUGCUCGGCACAUAAAAAGAAUUUGACAAGGCUCAAGUUUUUUCCUAAUAUAGGUCCGUAAAUCCUUUAUUCAAUUCCUCGCCGCGAUAACCGCGUCACAUCUCCCAAAUCCAAAAAAAGGAUUUUUAUGCACAAAUCGGCAUUGAUUAGGGAGCCGGAUAAGGUAGAAGACGUACAGCCCACAAUCACGACUUGUAUAUGCCCAUCAAUCUAUGCAAAUUGCUGGCAAUUGACUGGCAAGCAAAUUCGAAAAUUAUGCCAUCGGCGCUCCACGGACAACAAUGAGCAAUGAACAGAGCCUUCGACUGGCAAGCACAAUCUUAACCGAAGCUUCUGCAAUUGACAGAAGGGAAACCUGGCGAAGAUAGCCAGCGGGUGGUGGAAGGAACGCAGAGCUGGAAGAGAACCAGAGCCGGAAGCUGGCACACAACUAAUUGGACAUCCGUUGGCCCCGGCGAUUAUCGAGUCUGAACCAGGACAAGGGCAAGGUAAAGGUAACUCAAGUAUUCUUCCUGCUGUUACCUUUUCCGCAGUAAGUUUUGCGUCACGUUAUUAACACCAGAUUGAGUUAAGGGACCGGGGCCGGUGCCGAGAAGGCCGGAAUAAUGGUCGCUAUGGCUGCAGGUAGACGGUAGUUCACUCCAUUUCGCUACGAACUCUAUGUCCAAAGAGACAGAAAAGUACCUGGAACGUUGAAAUUGUCAGUGUCGCUCAUCCAGGUUUAAUUGAAGCCGAUUACCCAGCUGGAUACUUCAGGGCUGGCCGCCAACUGGGAGCCUCAUUAGAUCGAUCCAUGCCCGAGUUCCCGUGCGGAUACACUGCCGCUCAUCAGGGGGGUUGGUAUUGAACCAGUAACGAUGAAGUCAAAAAAAGCGUUUUAAAAUAGAAAGAAACGCUAGCAAGGAAAAACUUGUAAGAUGUGAUUUAAGUUUUCACAGGCUGUUCUAAUUUAACCAGAAGUCUCACUCUUUUAAAAACCCUUCGCAUUUAACUUGUGUGUAGUAUAUUAUUUUAAAAUCGUUAGGGGUGUCAAUAUACAAUAGUUUUACUUUUACUACGAGAACUAGAAUAUUCUAUUAUUUUAAUAAAACAUCAUUUAAGGUUGAGGGUUCAGCGGAUAGUGUUUAAGAUUCACGCCCACUGAAAUUUAUUCUUUUUGGCUAUAAGUUGUGUGUGCUAAUCUUUUUCUCUGAGAGAAACAAAACUCCACAACAAAGGUACUACAAGAUCAAUGGGCUUUCAGGGCUUUCACGUCAGAAGUUUUGCUAAGCAACCACUUCAAAAGUCGUCUUUCUUGCGUCUUUUAAGUGGCGCAGCACUUUUUGUUUGUCACCUGACUGUGGCUCCCUUUUCCACUUUCACCUCAACUUCGAGAUUCAUUAGCCACCCGCAUCUGUCCGUUGACCCGCCUUGUGCUCAGCUCCCUUAAGCUAAAUUAAGUUUUGAUAAUUCCUAAUAAUCUAUUCAAGCAAGUUCUCAAAAUUGUUUGUUCACUUGGCAGUCACUGUGAGUGGUUUCAAUGGAUGGGUCUUCGUGAGGGCAAGGGACCCAAAUGAAGAUGCGGUGGGCUUUUGUUGUACUCCCGCUUCCCCAUCCCAACAGUGCGAAUUGAAUUUUGAAAUUUCCUUAGAUUUGAAUUGUUAGAUAGCCAGCGACUUAUUAUUUCGGAACACACUGCACCGUUAAAAAUAUAAAAAAUAAUUUACAUUCAACAAUAAUAUUCUAUCGCGUUUUAAAGACGAUAUGCAUUGGUGUAGGUAUGCAGAUCAUAUUAAAACAGUUUAUGCAAACAAGAAAUAAGAUUUUAAAAUUUCAUGAUUUUCUUGUAGAACCUCGUAUAGCAGUGUAAUUGGCUUUGAAAAACUUCCUCCAGCAACUAUUGUUGAAAAGUUUUCAAUUGAGAAUAUUAAUUUAGCCAAUACACGUGGGGGAGGCAGCAGAGGGAAAGCAAAACAAACGCUAAAAGUUUUGUGGUUGCACUGCCUGAAAACAAGACGAAAAGAGGCAAAGCCCGGUAAAAGGUCGACGAGAUAUAGUAUAGGAUGUUCAUCCUCCACUUUAAUGCCAAAAGGUGCCGGCAUAUUGUGGUUUUUGUGGCGCACUUUCUAUUAGGCAAGCGGAAGUAUAAUCAAGAACAUUUGCUUCCUACCAACCACUUGCCGCACCCCGUCAGAACCAUUUCACCACCGGAACAACCGCUCCGCGGAGCACACGCACUUUGCCCCAAUUAGCCGUGUGUCCAAACAAGUUGGCUGUAGGCGCGGCUUUGUUGUGGCCAAAUGCAGUGGAGCUCGGAAAUCAGUGAUUGUAAAUAUUCUGAAUAUGAAAAGUAAUGUGGUCAGUAGUGGCGUUGACCUGUUUAGGGCGAAAAAAGACUUUUUCCCAGCUAACAAACAAACUGCACUACAAUACAUAGCCUUCAAAAGCAACCUUGCAAUAAAGUCAAUUUGAAUUAAAUCCAUUGGAUUUGUUUUUACGUGUAUGUUAGGGAAAUGAAGAACGGAUCGCCGAGCUACCGGGCACACGGCACAGUCUCCAUCCCGUGUUCACCUGCAGGGAAUUAGCAUGCAAAACCAAAUCCCACCCGAAAGCACACUCCCCCGGAGUACGAGGGUCAGGUUAUGAACAUAGCGCUCAUCAUCGAUGUCCGCCGGCUAAACUGGCGGAUGGCAGACGGCAGCUGUUCGAGUGCCCAUCUCAUGCCUCGCCUCUGGACUUGUGUCCGAAAAAUGUUUUCCCCAGCAUUUGCAUGGUAAAACGGCAACAUGGUGUGGUGGUCAUCGUGAGCUCGUAGUGUUGUACUACACUCAAAGUCCAUUCAAUCACGCAAGCACUGACAAAAAAUUUAGAAUAUAUUUUCUUGAAUCUUAUUUAAAAAACAGAAGGCGUGGCUUCGAUUUUUCAUUUAAUCUUUGCAGUUUUUGUAUUUAUUUAUUUACGUAUUGGUAUAGCCUUAAACCAAAUUAAAGCAAAUUGCAAUAAAGUGCAAUACCAGUUCUUAACAAACUCAAACAAUGGAUAUUCUACAAGACAUAUUUAAAUAAUCAUGUUAGGAUAAGUAUUAAUUUUAAAAACAUAACAAGUUGUCCUCAGUGUGAGCUCCCUUCUAUUUACACACAUUCAUAGACCGGCGAGAAUCAAAGGAAGUUGGAAACCUGGAACCAGAGCCAGAAACAGAAACAAAAACUACGCCAACGCAGGACCUGGACGUGGAACUGAGAAUGGAAAAAGACGCCCAGCGGUACACAUGUUCGUUACCCACGUGGGAGCGGAAGCUGGUGGCAGAGGCUGAAAGUGGGCGGCAGUGGAGCCGUCGCAGCUUGUUUCCGGUCCGCCAGCCAUGCAAUUCGAGAAAAGAAAGCAAACUGGCGCCUCCAGUACACUUUUGCAUUUCGAGAGAAACGACCUCCACACACACACUAACAACGGCGUGCAGAAAGUUCACGCAAAUGUAUAAAUUGGUAUUGUAUAGCCCAAUUUUGAUAAAUACACCCACGAAAGCAGCAAA